GGAAGAGGGAGGUGCCUGGCAGCCAGUGGGGGAGGGCCCAGGCUCAGCCCUUCCUCACAGAUGUUCUGGCCACUUGGAUUUGUCCGCUUCCUUUAAGUUCCUGGGGAAAGAUUGAAGACUCAGAGAGUUCAGCCCGUGGCCACACUGGAGAGCUUUAUUCUCUUCGUCGCGUCCAUCGGCCACACUUACUGUUCUCAAAUGAGCAAGAUAUCUAAAUACAGACCUGUGUUCUCGCUGUGAAAAUGCAGUGUCCCCGCAAACCCGCCAGCCGUGCCUCCUGUCCCGAAAUUCGGCGUCGGUACCGGCUUUCGCUAACGUGAACUGAAGUAAGCAAGGCAGGUGACAGCAGGAACAUGUCUCGGGAGCUGCAGGAUGUGGACCUCGCCGAGGUGAAGCCUUUGGUGGAGAAAGGGGAGACCAUCACCGGCCUUCUGCAAGAGUUUGAUGUUCAGGAGCAGGACAUCGAGACUGUGCAUGGCUCCAUUCACGUCACGCUGUGCGGGACCCCCAAGGGAAACCGGCCCGUCAUCCUCACGUACCACGACAUUGGCAUGAACCACAAAACGUGUUACAACCCCCUUUUCAACUCCGAGGACAUGCAGGAGAUCACACAGCACUUUGCUGUAUGCCACGUGGAUGCCCCUGGCCAGCAGGACGGCGCUGCGUCCUUCCCCGUGGGGUACAUGUACCCCUCCAUGGACCAGCUGGCUGAAAUGCUUCCUGGAGUCCUCCACCAGUUUGGGCUGAAAAGCAUUAUCGGCAUGGGGACCGGAGCAGGCGCCUACAUCCUCACGCGAUUCGCGUUGAACAACCCGGAGAUGGUGGAGGGCCUCGUCCUCAUCAACGUGAACCCUUGUGCCGAAGGCUGGAUGGACUGGGCCGCGUCCAAGAUCUCCGGAUGGACCCAAGCCCUCCCAGACAUGGUGGUGUCCCACCUCUUCGGGAAGGAGGAAAUGCAGAAUAACGUGGAAGUCGUCCACACCUACCGCCAGCACAUCGUGAAAGACAUGAACCCCGGCAACCUGCACCUGUUCAUCAAUGCCUACAACAGCCGGCGAGACCUGGAGAUUGAGCGGCCCAUGCCCGGAGCCCACACAGUCACCCUGCAGUGUCCUGCUUUGUUGGUGGUUGGGGACAGUUCUCCUGCUGUGGACGCCGUGGUGGAGUGCAACUCGAAAUUGGAUCCAACAAAGACAACUCUCCUCAAGAUGGCGGAUUGCGGUGGCCUCCCACAGAUCUCCCAGCCGGCCAAGCUUGCGGAGGCCUUCAAGUACUUCGUGCAGGGCAUGGGAUACAUGCCCUCGGCCAGCAUGACCCGCCUGAUGCGCUCCCGCACGGCCUCCGGCUCCAGCGUCACGUCCCUGGAGGGCGCCCGCAGCCGCUCCCACACCAGCGAGGGCACCCGCAGCCGCUCCCACACCAGCGAGGGUGCUCGCCUGGACAUCACCCCCAACUCCGGGGCCACCGGCAACAACGCCGGGCCCAAGUCCAUGGAGGUGUCCUGCUAGGCGGCCUGCGCCGUGGCCGUCCCCGGACUCUGGGCUCACGCAACCGCCCUUCCUCCAGCCCUUCCCGCCCUGCCUGCCACACCACACGUAACUCGUAUUAACCCAAAGCUUACGGUGUAAGACAGCUCUGGGGGGACAAAGUUAGACCGGGUUUGUCGAGGGCGCCUCUCCCAUCAGGGCAGGGCGGGCAGACCAAAGGAAAAGAAGCAUCUCCGUGUCCUGUGCUCAUUGGCGGGUGGCCUGGCGGCCACCCUCUUACCCUCCCUCAGAGACGCCAAACUGCCAAAA